UUUCCGAUAUGUCCAUGCUAAAAUACGCAGAUUUACCCCACGAAAUUAAGCAAAUGAUGACAUACUAACAAAGAGUGAUGUGACUAUUAUAACAUUCUAGCCUGAUUACGGUGAACUGAUUUUACCCUUUAUGCUACAAUGUAUUCUACAGAAUGGGAACACAGCUUUGCUCCUGGCUAUACAGUCCGAAGUGGAGGAGGAAAUUGUUCAUUUUCUGUUAGAACAGGGCGCCAAUAUCAACGCACAAAACUCGGAAAGACAAACAGCUUUACACUUGGCAGUGUCACGUGGUAGCAUGGAUGUUCUUCGCUUACUGGUAGAGAAGGGCGCUGAUAUAAACAUACAGGAUCAGGAUGGGGAGACACCCUUACAUCGGGCUGCAUUCCGUGUUAACGAGUGUUUUGUUCGUAUUUUGCUGGAGCAGGGCGCCAACGUCAACGUACAGAAUACAGAAAGACAAACAGCUUUACCCUUGGCACUGUCACGUGCUAGCAUGGAUGUUCUUCGCUUACUGGUAGAGAAGGGCGCUGAUAUAAACAUACAGGAUCAGAAUGGGAACACAGCUUUGCUCCUGGCUAGACAGUCCAACGUGGUGGAAGAAAUUGUUCCUUUUCUGUUAGAACAGGGCGCCAAUAUCAACGCACAAAACUCGGCAGGUUAG